AUGUCCAACGCCUCCUUGCUCGACGAGGGCACGGCUGCAGCCGAGGCCAUGGCCAUGUGCAACAACAUUCAGAAGGGGAAGAAGAAGACCUUUUUAGUGGCCAGCAAUUGCCACCCGCAGACAAUUGAUGUCUGCAAGACACGGGCCGAUGGGUUUGACUUGAAAGUGCUCGUCUCAGAUUUAAAAGACAUUAGCUACAAAUCGGGAGAUGUUUGUGGAGUUCUGGUUCAGUAUCCGGGGACCGAAGGCGAAAUUAUUGAUUAUAAGGAAUUUGUGAAGAAUGCGCACGAUCAUGGAGUUAAGGUGGUGAUGGCUUCGGAUCUGCUGGCGCUGACGGUGCUGAAGCCGCCAGGCGAGAUGGGGGCGGAUAUUGUGGUGGGGUCCGCGCAGAGGUUCGGUGUGCCGAUGGGGUAUGGGGGCCCGCACGCGGCCUUCCUUGCAACAUCUCAGGAGUACAAGCGAAUGAUGCCCGGGAGGAUUAUUGGGAUGAGCGUGGACUCGUCGGGAAAGCAAGCCCUGCGAAUGGCGAUGCAAACGAGGGAGCAGCAUAUCCGAAGGGACAAGGCCACCAGCAAUAUUUGCACUGCUCAGGCCUUGCUUGCUAACAUGGCCGCCAUGUAUGCUGUGUAUCAUGGUCCUGAGGGCCUUAAAACUAUUGCCCAAAGGGUUCACGGCCUGGCUGGAACAUUUGCUGCUGGUUUGAAAAAGCUGGGGACUGUAGAAGUACCGGGCCUUCCCUUUUUCGACACUGUGAAGGUCAAAUGUGCUGAUGCAAAGCCUAUUGCUGAUGCCGCUUACAAGAACAAAAUAAAUUUGAGAAUUGUCGACAAGAACACUAUAACUGUUUCUUUUGAUGAGACCACCACAUUGGAAGACGUGGACAAGUUGUUUGGAGUCUUUGCAGGUGGUAAGCCGGUGACAUUCACUGCCGAGUCUGUUGCACCGGAAGUUCAAAAUCUUAUCCCUUCAGGGCUUACGAGGGAGAGCCCAUAUUUAACUCACCAAAUAUUCAACUCGUACCACACUGAACACGAGCUCCUGAGGUACCUUCACAGGCUUCAGUCAAAGGAUCUCUCUUUGUGCCAUAGCAUGAUUCCAUUGGGCUCUUGCACAAUGAAACUGAAUGCAACAACUGAAAUGAUGCCUGUGACGUGGCCCGAAUUUUCUGAUCUUCACCCUUUUGCUCCCACUGAACAAGCUGCUGGCUACCAGGAAAUGUUCAAGAAUUUGGGUGAUUUAUUGUGCACGAUCACUGGUUUCGAUUCUUUCUCUCUUCAACCCAAUGCUGGGGCUGCUGGAGAAUACGCCGGGCUCAUGGUUAUUCGAGCAUAUCACAUGAUCUGCAAGAUAAUUCAUGACAACGGUGGACAAGUUUACAUGGAUGGAGCUAACAUGAAUGCUCAGGUUGGUUUGACGAGCCCUGGGUAUAUCGGUGCUGAUGUUUGCCAUCUCAAUCUCCACAAAACAUUCUGUAUCCCUCACGGUGGAGGUGGGCCCGGAAUGGGGCCCAUUGGGGUGAAGAAACACCUUGCACCAUUUUUGCCAUCACAUCCAGUGGUACCCACUGGAGGUAUACCAGCACCCGAAAGCUCCCAGCCACUUGGUACAAUUUCAGCUGCCCCAUGGGGCUCAGCCCUUAUUUUGCCCAUAUCUUAUACUUACAUAGCCAUGAUGGGCUCAAAGGGACUAACCGAUGCAUCAAAGAUUGCUAUCUUGAAUGCAAACUAUAUGGCCAAGCGUUUGGAGAAGUAUUAUCCUGUUCUGUUCCGUGGUGUCAAUGGAACGGUUGCCCAUGAGUUCAUUAUAGACUUGCGAGGAUUUAAGACUACUGCUGGCAUCGAGCCUGAAGAUGUCGCUAAGCGUCUCAUGGAUUACGGAUUUCAUGGUCCGACUAUGUCGUGGCCAGUCCCCGGCACACUCAUGAUUGAACCAACUGAAAGUGAAAACAAGGCAGAGUUAGACAGGUUUUGUGAUGCUCUCAUCUCUAUCAGAAAGGAAAUUGCAUUGAUUGAGAAAGGACAAGCUGAUGUGCACAACAAUGUUCUCAAGGGAGCCCCUCAUCCACCAUCACUGCUUAUGGCUGAUGCCUGGACAAAACCGUAUUCACGGGAGUAUGCUGCUUACCCUGCACCAUGGCUCAAGACUGCCAAAUUCUGGCCGACCACAGGCCGUGUGGAUAAUGUGUACGGUGAUCGUAACCUCAUUUGCACGCUCCUCCCGGUGGCUCAGAUGGCGGAGGAGGCAGCUGCCGCCACUGCUUGA